AGCAGCAGCAUAGUGGGUUAGUCGAUAUCAGUAGCUAGCUACUCCUCCAACAGCCACCAGCGGCUGCAGUUACCUACAGAUUCUUCACUCAGGCAGGCGAAGACAGGGAAAUAGCGACAAAAGAGAGGCCCUUUGAGCGGACACUUCCUUUAAACAGAGGCCUUGAGGACCCUCACACAGGACUGAGCCAUGCUGGAAUACUACCAGACAUUAGGAGUCCAGAAAAAUGCAACGCAAGAGGACAUCAAAAAAGCUUACAGAAAAUUGGCACUGAAGUGGCAUCCAGACAAGAACCCAGACAACAAAGAGGAAGCAGAGAAAAGGUUCAAAGAGCUGUCAGAGGCAUAUGAAGUGCUCUCAGAUGAAAACAAGAGGAGUACUUAUGACAGAUAUGGCAAAGAUGGCCUUUCAGCAGGAGGAGGAGGAGGAGGAGGAGGAGGCCAUUAUGAUCACUAUGGCGGCGGUGGCUUCACAUUCCGUAAUCCCGAUGACGUUUUCAGGGAAUUCUUUGGCGGCAGAGAUCCAUUUGCAGAUUUUUUUGCUGAUGACCCCUUUGACGAUUUCUUCGGAGGUAGUCGCAGUCAUCAGAGAUCCACAAGCCGAGGCAGGAUGGGGGGAUCGCUCUUUGGUUUUGGGAGCUUCCCAGCAUUUGGACCUGGCCUCACAGGGUUUGAUUCAGGUUUUAGCUCAUUUGGAAACAUGGGUGGAGGAGGAUUUACUUCCUUCUCUUCUUCAUCUUUUGGUGGCGGCGGUGGGGGAGGAGGAGGAGGAGUGGGUAACUUCAGAUCUGUGUCGACCUCCACCAAAUUCAUCAACGGCAGAAAAAUUACUACAAAAAGGAUCGUGGAGAAUGGCCAAGAGCGGGUAGAAGUGGAGGAGGACGGUCAGUUAAAAUCUCUAACAGUUAAUGACGUUGCAGGCGAAGAUCCCUUGGAGGAAGAGUUUCGUUGCCGCAGACAGAACGCACUUCCUGGCCUUGGCCUGCACCAGCGUUACCUAAGGAACUCCGCUCAAAACCCCUCGGAGGAAGAGGAGGAGCAUGGCUUACAGAGCCUGGGACUAACGAGAGGACACAUGGACACGAAGAGGAAGAAACUGUGGCUAAAGGAGGCAGAGUCCAAAAGAAAAGGGCACCCCGACACUUCGCCUGUUGUGGACUUGGUGCCUUUUAUUAAUCACCAACAGGCACAGACACAACACACAACACACAUGCGCACACACACACACACACACACACACACACACACACACACACACACACACACACACACACACACACACACAAACACACACACACACACACACACAGAAGUGCAAUCAAUGUGUAUCAUCAUAUGUGACAUUAGUAUUAGUACUUCAAUGUUUUGUUUUGUCCAACAUUUUUAGUAGUUAAGCUUUUGCUGUAUGUAUUGUGGGUGGGCUCUGUGGAUGUACAGUGGGCAUUCAGAACUUAAAUUAAUCUCCUAUGAUUGGACUUUUUACAGCACACAUUUUCAGAAAGUGUGUUUGACAGAGUUCAGGUGCAAAGAUAAUUAGUUUAUGAUGAGCAUGAAAAUGACUGCAGUAAUACUGUGUAGCAUGUGAGAAUAAGUGAAGGUCAAGCUAUUCAGUGGAUCCUUUCUCAAUAGAGACAAGGAGAGAGAGAGGGACAUCUGGGGAAUGUGAGAGUACUCUAAAGCAGAAUGAAAGCACUGAAGAGUGAGUUUUAUUACAGAAAGAAAUUAACAUUUUCUGCUCACUCCUCCAUCACACAUGAAAACUGACAAUCAACACUCUGGCAGCAACAUUAUCCACUCUUUUACCACUACUCCCACAGGGUGAAAAAUAGCUAUUAAACCCUUUCAAAGUUAUUUUCUUUUUUUGUAGGAUUCUUUUUACUGAGUGGAUUCAGCAAUGUGUUAACCUUUCGUGGGUGUUUUUGUAAAGUAUUUCUAACACAAAAUAAGAUUUCUCUCAUCUAAAUUUGUCCUUGACAGGUUGUUCUCUUGAUUACUGUGAGUGGAAAUGUAGAAAUGUCUGAAAAAUGUUCAUUUUUUAUGGACUCCUACCAAUAAAUGCUUAAAGAACAA